AUGUAUCAACGCUCCCGAAAGUCUCGCGCCAAGGUGCUAGCAGGAUGCGUGCUCACCUGCUCUGGCGUGGAAUUCGAUUCGGUGGAGGCUGUCGACUCGUUUUGCAAUCGCGUCUCCGCGUUGGGCGGCACAUUCGAGGCAGAGAUUUUGCCCACAGUAACGCAUUUGAUUUGCGCCGAGGCGGGGUCUACUAAGCAUCGCGACGCGUGUCUGCGGAACCUGGAGGCGGGUCCAGAUCGCUCGCGCAUGCAUAUUGUCAUGCCGUCAUGGCUCGACGCCGUCGAGAACGCCCUCGCACGCGUCCCGACGGGCAGUCACGCCUUGCCACCGCUGGAAGGCUUUUCACUAUGCUGCUCCGGAUAUGGCAUGGAUGAGAAACAGAAAAUCGAAACCCUUGCGCGGGAGAUGGGUGCCUCGUUUUCGAAAGUUCUCCGCGUGACGUGCACGCACCUCAUUUGUCUCAAGCCCACCGGGCAGAAGUAUGAUUUUGCGAGGAGCAUGAGCUCAAUGCGAGUCGUCACGAAGGAAUGGGUGUAUCAGUGCGCAAAGGAGAAGCUGCUGGUCGAGGAGGACCUCUACCUCGUCAACCACAGAUCAAGGGCAGCGAAAACGAACAACAGCGAAACUGCCCCGUCCGCGAGGCGAUCAGAGACUUUAGAGCGACAGGGGGGAACAGCUUCAGAUGGCCGUGCGGAAUCAAGUGCGGCACCGAGUUCAAUUCCAAGUGCGGCGCCGACUCGCACUCCAAGUUCUGUUACAAAACAUGUACCACAGCAGGAGCGGGUGUCUAAGUGGAAUGAAACCAAACCAGGCCUGUAUCUGGAUGGGAUGACGUUCUAUCUAACUCCUUGCACAGCACAAGAAAAGGUGUUACAUGCCCCACUAAGAGCCAAAGCGCUAAAGCUCAUUGCGUCUGGGGGUGGGUCUCUCGCCGCGGAGUUGACGCGGCGCGUAAACUAUGUGGUGCUAAUCCGAGCGCCAGUACUACGCACGAAGAUCGCCGAGCUGGAGCGAGCGCAGCGCAUGGGCGUAGCAGUGGUCUCUCUUGAGUGGCUUGAACGCUGCGUGGUGAAGCAGUGCGUCGUGGAAGACGAGGAAGUGGAUCGGUACGACUGGGACGCGGAGGAGCCGAACGAGCGGUCGACGCAGUUCCGGCCGCAGGCGGACUUCCACUCGCGGCUGUUUGUGGGGAUGCGAUGCGCGCUCGGUCCGCUGGCGCUGUACGACACGGGGGCGGUGGCGGCGGUGGCGCGGAAGCUACAACGCGGGAGGGGCAAGGUACUUCCACAUGACGCGCGGGGCGUGGUGACGAGCGGGGUGGCGACGCACGUAGUGUGCGGGGAGUCGCUCUCCGCGGGCGGGCGACGCGUGGUAGAGACAGCGCAGAAGGUGAACUCCCACGUGGUGAUCGUGACGACUACGUGGAUCGACGCGUGCUUGCAGGAAGAGCGGUUGGUGCCCGUGACAGACUGCGUACUUUUUGCGCCCGUGCCGCACGAGACGCCGCUGCGCGAGAUGCUAAGAAGGAAGGUGUCCGUGACGAUCACGGGGCACCAGAUGUCGGCGGAGAGGGAGCCCAAUCGGCGGAGGGACGUGCUCGCGCGGCUGACGAGGGGGCUCGGGGCGGGGUAUAGCGAACGGAUGACGAAGGGGAAGACGACGCAUUUGAUCGCGGACGCGCGCACGGCGACCAGGAGCGAGAAGAUUGAAAAGGCGAAACGAUGGGGGAUCGCGAUCGUGUCGUACAAGUGGUUGCUGGCGUGUGCGGAAGCAGGAGACAUUGUGGACGCCGGGGACUAUGCGCCCGACGAAGCGGACGACAAGGACGCGCUGGUAGAGGAGGUGGACGCGGAGAUAGCCGUGGAGGCGCUUGAGGCCACGGUGGCAACACAACCCGGACGGGCGCGGUCGACAGCGCGGGCGCGGCGUGGGACAGAAGCGGAAGGCAAGUUGUUGGG